CCGCAGCCGCCCGUCACUCGCGAGCCGCGUGCGCCCAGCUCCAGGAGCCCGCCCAGCCGCGCGCGCACCGACGGAAGCUCAAACGCGAAGCAGCCUCGAGCGGCGAGUCGAGCAAGCAGGAUCGUGGCCAUGUCGCGUGCUGGGCUGCUGUUGGUGGUGUGCGCCGUCGUCUGCUCGGCGCACGAGGUCACCACGACGGACCACUCCUUCCGCAACCCGAAUGCGGCCGUCGAAGCUGACAAGAAUCACUGGUACCAGGAGGCAGCCAAGGGCAUUGGGGAGCGGCUGGUGCGUCAGCCCAACGUGGGCCGUGCACGCAACGUGGUGCUCUUCCUGGGUGACGGCAUGGGCAUCCCCACGGUGACCGCGGCGCGCAUCUACAAGGGCCAGCGGCUGCACAAGACGAGCGGCGAGGAGCAGCAGCUCUCGUGGGACGAGUUCCCGCACGUGUCCCUCUCCAAGACCUACGGCCUGGACGUGCAGACCUCGGACUCGGCGAACACGGCCACCGCCUACCUCUGUGGCGUCAAGGCCAACGUCGAAACACUCGGCGUGGACUCUCGCGUCAAGAGCGGCGUCUGCCACAACGACACGAGCACACACUUGCCUAGCAUCAUGAAGUGGGCGCAGGAUGCCGGCAUGUGGACGGGCAUCGUGACCACGUCCAAGGUGACGCACGCCACGCCUGCUGGAAGCUAUGCGCACUCGGGCCACCGCGACUGGGAAGCAGCAGUACCCGAAGGAUGUGACGCCGAGGAUAUCGCCUACCAGCUCAUCCAUCGCAACCCGGGCGCCGGCUUCAAGGUGAUCCUUGGUGGUGGAAGGAAGAUGUUCCGUGCCACCCAGGACGAGGAAGGCAAGGAUGGCAUGCGCAAAGAUGGCAAAGACCUGAUCAAGGAAUGGCACGAGGCGAGGUCCAAAAUGGGCAAUGCCAGCUACGUGUGGAACCGUCAGCAGCUGCUCUCUGUCAUGCCUGGAAAGACUGACUUCCUGCUCGGGAUCUUCGACAACGACCACGUGCCCUACGUGAUCGAGCGCAGCACUCCUGACUCCACAAAGCCCACCCUGCCGGAGAUGACCAGAGUCGCUGUGGAGAUCCUUAAGAAAGCGCCCAAGGGGUUCGUGCUGCUCGUCGAAGGCGCGCGCAUCGACAUGGCCCACCACAAAAGCAAGGGUGGAUCGGCCCUGGAAGAAGCCCUGGAGUUCGACCAGGCCGUUCAGGAGACGCGCGACACGCUAAAAAUGGAAGAUUCCCUGCUGGUGGUGACGGCCGACCACUCGCACACGUUCACCAUGGGCGGGUACCCGAAGAGAGGCACCAACAUCCUCGGUAUUGCUGGAUAUUCAGACGUCACCCAGCUGCCAUUUACUGUCAUCACGUAUGGAAAUGGCCCCGGUUUCUCUGACUCCAAAGAAAACUUCACCAACGAAGAAGUUGCGAAGCCCGACUACGUGCAGCGGUCGGCCUUCCCGCUCAAGGAGGAGACCCACGGCGGCGAGGACGUGGCGGUGUACGCCACGGGGCCCUGGGCGCACCUCUACACCGGCGUUCAUGACCAGUCGUACAUCCCCCACGUGAUGGCGCACGCUGCCUGCAUCGGCCACUUUACGGGCGACAAAUGUGCCACGCCCGACGAAAAUACGGGCGCCGGCGCCGCCGCGAUCCCGGCUGCUCAGCUGGUUGCCGUGAUUGCCUCGGCGCUCGGCGCCCUCCUUCUGCGGUGACCCGAAUAAGGACUGUUGUCUCCGCCCGGACGACGUUUUAUUUUGCCGUGUGCGCGUGCAUGUUUUUUGGUUGCCUCUGGCGUUCACACAUUUGAAGCGUGCGCCGCCAGAAGGGGAAACGAGGGAACAAAACGACGACAGUCGGCGGUGCGUUAUUUUGUGCCAGUUGUGACCGGAAUUAAGUGGCCGAAUGUCUAUAUUCCUGACUUAUUAUUAUGCGAAGUUUAUAACAGUACUUCUUAAAUGGCAAUGUUACGGUAACACUGAGAACAGCGAGGUGGCUGUGACGACGUGUUUGCCGUUUGUAAGGCAUGUUUGCCGACGUUAAUUGGGUGCGGCAAAAGGAGGGAAAAAAAGUGUCCGUAAUACGCGACACCCUAGUGUUUCGAAAAUGGCAGCAUGCGUCGGCAGUACCAAAGUGCACUUAUAACGGCGUAAAUUUCUCCACUUAGUGAUGUCCUCAAUCUUUCCUGGGUGAACUACACACACAAUUUAAGGAAGGGCUCAGGGAUUUCGGAGAGAUUUUCGCUCGUGAGAACAGUGUUCUCAUUGUCCAUCGCAUUCGCGUAGCGUCGUUCAGUAUCAGGACUGGCUAUCGCAAGCUUUCACAAAUGUUUAAUUCGUACCAUUAGCGUGCUCAAGCUGCCCGCAUAUAGAAAACACGAACUAUGAACUUAAUAGGUCGUGAACUUGGGCAGUGGGUAAUCCAUUCUUACUUGCGAAAGCGUCUUACUGACUGGAGUUAGGUUAGAAACAUGUACGGCAAACACGGCGCCGUCUCUACCUUUGUGCGCAGCUACAAGGCGUUGAAAAAGAAAAAGUGCUGCGUAAAAAAAAAAGACUGCUUUGAUUUUGGCUCACGCGGUAAGUAGAGGCACUACACUUUUUAAUGGGAAUGUGCGGUCGACUUCGAUCACUAUGACGGAGUAAAGCGCCGGACGGUGCAUUUUCUUCAAGCUGCUUACUUACGCAAUACAGCAUGAAUAUUAAGCGAAAAUAAAGCGAGAGUCACGCUUCUAGGAAGUGUCUAGUGAAAUGGCCAUAUGCUAAGGCUUUUGAGGCAAUGCCUUAUGCGACUGCGAACAAAUCCUUUCCGCAUUGGCUCGCACGUUCUAGUCUUGCGUGUGCAUCCAUAGUGAUUUUGAGAAAGUUUGGUAUUCUUACUAGCGCUUCGAUAUGAAUGAAGUGGAUCCUAGCAUCUCGCUUGGGAUAACGCAGAGAAUCAUGCUGUCGAAGGGAGUUUUCGGAAAACAUGUCCCAGCUUUCUGACCGUUGUUGAGUGGCUUGUUAUCUUUGUCAACGUUUUUGUGAGAUGGUCUUAUUGGCUGUUGACGUUCAUGAACGGCGGCGAAGGAGAAGUGUGCAAGCAUGAGGAACAUUAUGGAUAAUGUGAAUUGUUUUCCCAUCAUAGUUAUGUUCACUUUACUGUGUGCAAAUGAGAGUGAAGCAUGUACCCUAAGGAUAGCAUUACUCAUAGAGAUGGGCUAUCUGUGUUUGCAACAUGUUACUGUUUUUUUACAUGGCGACAAUGAUGGAGGCUGGCAUUCAGCUUGGAUUCGGGUGUACAACUCACUGAUAUUAAUUUCCUGGAGAACGUAGGAGCGCACGCUCAACCUGCAUGUGCUUUGCUGGUGGGCUUCUUCCCUAAUAUUUGAAUGCGUGUGCCCCACAUAGUAGUGCUAACUCCAGGUCCAAAUAACAUUUCAGUGUGCCUUCUUUUCUACAGGGAUGCCUUUGCAUAUAUGUCGACCGCGUACAACGCAAGGGACCAGUUCUUUCAUUACAUGAUGCUGGAAAGUUUACAAAUGUCAUGCAGUCUGUUAUUGUUAUUAAUUUUUUAGCUCAAGCAGAUCCCUACUCCGAAGAUUUUUUAAGAUUACUAUCUAUUCAGGCCUACUUAUGAGAACAAUAUAGUUUAAACCAGCCAGAACGCAGAUAAUGUGGCUUCUGGCUCACUACUUGAGUACACCUAAUGUGCCUUGGCAAAUGAAGCAGUCGAUAUUUGUGGUAUUUGUAGAAGUCGCUCAGGGAUCAAAGUGUAGUAGCCUGUGCGUAGAAAAAUAUUCUUUGUAAUAUACCUUUGGUACAUUGGCUGGCAUAGAAUGAUCUUAAUUAUGUGUAAUUUUGUCAUUUUCGUUAUUCCAGAAAAUCAUUGUUAAAUUGUUGUGCUCGUUGCACUUGCAUGUUAAAACACUCUACUAUGUCACAGCUAUGGUAAAUAAGAAGUGGUGUAUAUUGUGUGCCUCGCUUGCAUGUAGUAGCAUCGAAAUAAUGAGUCUUGAGUUAAGCAUAUAAAAACUGCCACACUGUUGCAUCGCCUGAACUUAUAUGCACAAUUAUAGAGGCCAAUAUUUGUAGGGAAAAAUCAUAUACGAGCACUAAAAUGUAGGAGACAAAACUACGUAUGACGUGCCUGUGCUCAUUGGUGCCCUACUUGCUGUUUGGACAGAUAGUGCCUGCUUAAGCUAGGAACCUCCGCAAUAAAACUUCAGCACCUGAACCCGUAGUGUUGGCACUUGGGCGUUAGUGAUGUAAGAGUGAUUUCUUUUCGUGAUAGAUAUUUUUUCUCAAUUCAGCACUCCUUAUUACAUCACAUGCACUGUACACCUUUGAUUUUCAACGCUAAUUAACCAUAAGCUCUUUUGAUACUGUAAAUAUGGGACGUCUAGUUUGCUAGUCAUGACAUCGUUAUUAAAAAAAAAAAAACAUUAGCUCGUUCGUCGUAUACACGGUGGAUUUUUCUAACGCUCUGCAAUUAAGUAACGAUCAGCAGACGCUGCAGAGGUCAAUAUGCAGAAUAUCUGUAUUCCCAUUAAUAGCCACUAAGCACGGGGUCUUCAUUAGAUUGGGAUAUGAAAUAAAAGAACACAUUUAUAGAACACCACUUGUGUUAUGGGCAUUCCAUUCCAGUUGGGCGAAACUAGGAUGAAUAUAUUAGAUACAGUGCAUUUAAAAUUACUGCGCGAAUCGAUUGACGCAAGGUUGAUCGCCUGACGGGUGUUGUGUGGCGUUUGUUUCUUCUUCUGUCAUGCGUCUCUUUAAUUUGUAUGACUGCCUAUUUGGCGACACAUUGUGCCUUGCUAUUGCACAGAAGCUUGGUGCAUGUAUGCAUCCUGUAUUUUGGUAUGGGCUGUUCUAAACGAAUGGGCCGCAUUAGGCGGCAACAUGCUUUUAAUCGGACUAGUUAUUGUUGAUGCAUUUUAAUGUCAAUGCUUACCAUUUUAUACUUAACUUUAUAGCUUCAAGAUUUCCUGUUGCUUUUAGUUGCACCAGCCAAGGCAAUUUGUUCGCAAUGAACGCUGUUAUUCCAACAUAUUUUACAUCCCACCGCGCUGUUUGCCAUGUGCCAUCUCUGUCGAAUACAGCUUUGUAAAUGACAUCUUUAGAUAAAGCGACGCAAAAGAAACACUGUGAUAAACUAUGUGUAUAAACAACGUUGUUACGUGCCGAUUAAAUGAGCGUUUCGAUACAA